AUGGAGUACUUACAUAGGAGCUUAAGGAAAUUACAACACAUGUCUGAUUUUAAUUUUCAUCCCAAAUGUGAAAAGUUGGGCAUUACUAAUAUUUGUUUUGCUGGUGAUUUAAUGUUGUUUUCUAGAGGAGAUCCUACUUCUGUUCAGAUUAUGAUGAAUGAAUUUCAGUUUUUCUCUGAAGCUACAAGACUUUGUGUUAGUCCUAAUAAGGGCAAAGUUUAUUGUGGAGGAGUUCCUGAUUCAGUUCAGCAACAUAUGCUUCAAAUCACUGGGUUUUCUGCUGGAAUCAUUCCUUUCAAAUACCUGGGGGUCCCUCUUUCCAACAGGAAGUUGACUAUACAUCACUGCAGGCCUCUAGUUGAUAGAAUUUUGUCUAAGAUACAGGACUGGACAACUAAGCUUUUAAGUUAUACAGACAAAUAUCAAUUGAUUAGGAGUGUCUUAUUUGGAGUUACUUCUUAUUAG